AUGGGCAACAACAAAUCCAGCAAAGCCAGUGUGCCAAAGGGCUUACCUCGCGACGAUGAUGAUCUACAAGGCACUACUACUUCCAAAGGUCGAAGGAUUAUUUCAGAGAUCGACCCCGAAGAAUGGAAAUUAUUAGAACCAGUGCGAAAGGGUCAAAUCGUCUACUUGUUCGGAACCAAAAAGUCUCUCGAUAUUUAUAAUCGAAGAUUUGUCAAGUAUAUUGUAAAACAAGAGAAGAAAUUUGAAGACGAUAUUACAUCGAUGGGACAUGAAGGAAAUAUUGCAAUUUUAUCUUCGGAUUCUUGUGUCAAGUAUGCUCCCAUCGGAGCAUCGUCUCAUACCAUGAUUGUCAUUCCUCAGUGCAUUUCGAGUGAUUCUAUAACAUCGAAAAAGUAUUUGGUGUUUGGUGGAAAGAAACAAAUUCCGUCAGGUCACAAAUCGAAUAUGGGAAGAAGUUUGAAAAAAUCUGAAGAUGCCUUAUUGACCUAUUACGAUUGUGGAUUAAAUAUUUGGCUCUACGGAGAAAAUACAAUACAUAAAUACAAUACGGAAGAUGAAAGACCAGAUCCUAGCCUAUUCUAUCACAGUUUUACUUUUAAUCCUAAAAAUAUGAAAGCAUAUAUAUUUGGAGGCAGUUCUAACGAUUCAAAACGAGCAAAUUUUCUCGUUUCUAACAAAUUAUAUUGCCUGAAUCUUGAAAAUUGGACUUGGAAACAAAUUAGACAUCGUUCGACAGAGACGACAAACUCGUCAUUUGUGACACCUGUUCGAGGUCAUGCAGCCAUUUAUCGAUCACGUACAAAUAGUAUUGUUGUGUAUGCAGGCAAUCUUGGAGGAUCAUCCUUAACCAAUGGCAUGUUUGAAUUUGACUGUGAUACAGAGCAAUGGACUCGAAUUCAACAGCACGAGACAGUACCCAGUAGAGCGUACCAUAAUGCUGUUUAUUGUAAAUCGAGAGAUUGGAUGAUUGUUUUUGGUGGAGAAUUUUUUGAUCAAGGAAGUUCUCGUCUUGAAAUUGUGAAUGACAUGUGUUUGUUUGAUUUUGGUGACAAACAGUGGCAAUCUGUUGCAUUCAGAGGAGAUGACAAUCCACCAGUUUCAACGUUUGGACAUUGUACAACAAUCGUGUACGAUCGAUUUGUAGUGACCUAUGGAGGUUGUGAUCGAGAGUACAAUCCCAAAUCUCAAUGUAUGAUUUUUGAUCUAUUUGAAAGACGAUGGACACGAUUAAAUGUCAAACUUGCAGCGAUUGAAGUGAGUGCAAAACAUACCUUAGAUUCUUCAGAAAAUCAAGAACAUUGGAAACUUUCCUAUCAAUGUGAACUUCCUCCACUGAAUUGUGCUGCCAUGAUCUAUGACGAACAAUGUGAUUGUUUGGUAUUUUAUGGAGGUUACACCACAGCCAAAGACAAGUGUUCCUACAUCUUCAAGGUUAAAUUUGACAUUGCAUUGUUGCUGGUGACCAAACAUUUCAAAUUUAUCUCACAACACAUGUCAGACGAGGAACCCAAUAUUACACACGACCUUCGAAUUAUUUCCUUCCACAAUUCUGCAGCAAGAGCAACAUCUACCACAGAGAACGAAAUCAACAUGGUGUGA